GUUUGCUUGCGUGGGUCAGAACAAUUGAAUGUGAACAGAGUACAUAAGCCUUGUAUUUAUGUGACAGCUCUCAGUCCAGAGUAGAAGCUCUUGACUCCAUCCCUCUCUGCAGUCCCAGCUCCUCAGUCAUGCACCGUCCGACGGCCCUCGGCCUCCUCCUGGCAUGUGCAGUGUCUCUCAGCAGCUCUGCUGUAUUUCUGGAAAAUGGCAUGCCCAUACUGUGGGCCCAAACAGCCGGCCAAGUGACUGACCUGCCGAUACAGAAUGGCAUCUUGACUCCCAACCCCUGGCACUUCCUUCACCGCAUGAGUCUUUACCGGCUGAUGAUAGCUGCUACAGACCCGUUUAUGGGAUCCAUGGGGACAAAUGCCACAGACAGUCCUCUGUGGGGACUGCCACUGCAGCUUGGAUGGAUGCUAACGUCAGGGCGUCUUGCUGACCCAACCGGUGCUACAACCUGCGGCCUGCAAACAGGAGAUACUAUGUGUGUUUCUACCCAAAGCUGGUGGGGCUGUGUGAACUACUUUGCCUCUGCACUGCCAUUCCUGUCUGCCGCACAGCAGGGCUUCAUGGGAGAAGGAGUUCAGGUCCAGAUGCUAGUGCCUGAAGGUUUAGCAGACCAUUGCACCACAUAUGCUGACUGUGCAGCUCAUUACCCUGAUGCCAUGUCUAAGUGGGAUGCCUUUUUUCAGGGUCUGAAGUCUGCCACUGAGUCUCCUCUCCCUGAAAAUGAGAAGAAAGACGCUCUCCUCGGUCUCUACUGGGCGGCCCAAAUGGCUUCAACUUAUGCCUCUGCUGCAUGCAACGCCAAGCAGAGCCACUACUCCUCUGUAGAGGUGUCAUUUGCAAACAGCUGGCUGAACUCAGCAGAGUACGUUUCAGCGGCACAUUUCCAAUCCAAUUUGGACAAAUCUGCAAAGUUCAUAUCUCCUCUCCCAAGCAGAGUUUUACAGGAGGGAGACAGUGCACCUAACAUUGCCGAUCUCAGUCAGGAGGAGAACCACACACUGUCUGUCUUCUCCUGGAUGAAUAGCAUCAACAAUCUACUGGGUGGGACGUUGGUUCGUCUGUGGAGAAGUUCCAUGUGUUCAGUGAACACAAGAGAGAAAGGCAGAGAGAUGUUGGAGCAGCUCCUACUGAAUCCCAGCUUUGCCACAAACACUUUCAUGUCCAUCGUCACUGGAAUGACUACGAGCUGCUGAGACAAACACACACGCACAUACACACACAGACAGAGACAGAUAGCAACUUCAGUUAUAUAACUGUAGUCCCUUUCUCAUCUGAAAGUUAAAGAUAAAUGCAAAAAAUAAUCAGAUUUUUCAUAGGGAGGUUUCACUAAGAGAAAUCAUUUGCAAUACAAAAAGACCAGAUUUAUUUGCAUAGAACAUCUUAAAUCUUACAACUGCCAUCAACUAGGGUCUCAGGACAACUACAGUAUGUCAUAAUGUGUGGGGCAGAUGGCAGUGGGGGAGUGUAACUAAGAACUAAAUAUUCACUCAAAUACUGUACUUCACUACAGUUUUUAGGUACUUUAACUUUAAUUGAGUGCUACUCCACUACAUUUCAUAUGGAACAUGUACUUUUUACUCCACUAUAUUUAUCUGACAGCUGUUGUUACUAAGAGAUCAGUUUCUAAAAUAUGAUACAUUGUUACGCCCCACCCUUAGGCAGCCCUAUGUGGCGAACAACACUCUACCACUGACCUAAAUCAAUCAGACACCUUUAUAACAACCAAAUCCAUGGGCUUUAUUAACAUAAAGACAUACAAACAACCAAGACACGAAAUCAAGACUAUCAAAAGGCACAAAGUCAAAACACAACAGCAACACAAAAUCCCAGGCUGAGAUGCCGUAAGACCAGUAGUCCCCCAGGAUCUUUUUAGCACUUCAUUCCCAGGCCAGGUAAACUGCACUGAGCAGUCAGAUGUAGCACACCUGGGCAGAGCUAGAGAGGACAGAAGAGGAAAGGGACAAACAGAACAGGGAAACACAUACAGCCGUAACAACUGUCACAGAUUGAAAUACCUAACAGUAUAUAAAGUAGUUUUACAGCGCCACCUCGACCAACUAGUACAUUAAAAUCUUUCUUACACAUUUAUGCAUCAGUAAUAGCAAUCCAAUUAUAUGACAUAUAUAAUAAUAUUCUGACAGAGUCCAUUCUGCAUAAUACAUAAAAUUUGAUACUUUUAAGUUUUGAUACUUAAAGUACAUUUUACAGAUAAGACUUUUGUAUUUUUACUUGAGUAAGACUUUGAAUUCAGGACAUUUACUUGUAAUAGUGUAUUUUUACACUGCACUACAGGUAUUUUUACUUCAGUAAAGGAUCUAAAUACUUCUUUCAUCACUGACAGAUGGGUUUAAAGGUUAAAGGACUGUUGCCAUCAAGUACAACUGAGACAAGAUGCCAUAGUAGCUCUCAGUGAUGAAUGCCUACAUUUUUUAAAAAUUUGUCAUGAUUUACAUGAUUGUAAAGACAAUCAGUCUACUAACAUAUGCUCAUAUAGCACCAUAUUGAUUGAAAAAUCAAUCUAUAGACUGUAUGAAACAUUUUUCAGCCCCGGAGGUUGCCGCUUGGUAAAAUCAUGUAGUGAAUGUCAUCCAGAGCUCUACUACAGUCUAAUAGUGCCCCCUAGUGGUAAUUUGAUGUAAGUACUAACCUAUCAUGAGUUGCCAAAGUGCAAAUCACAAAUCAUGUAACAUUUCCAAUAAUGCGAUGACAUUGAUAUUUUAAAUAAUACUUAUAAUAACAUAAAAUAAAAUGUAUUCUUUGGAAAAUGGUGAGCAAAUCUAUGAGGGUUUCGACCCAUUACAUUAGAUGAUUAGUGUUACACAUACAUGUUAAUACUGAGAAAGAAAGUCACAUGCUUGUAACCUCUUGCAAAGUUUAUUCUGUCUCCCUUUUGUGGUCACAGGAGAGAGCAGCCAUACAAGCAGAAAGGCAGCCAUAUCUUUUGGGAAAAUGAUGGCUUAUCUGCCCAUUAGAUUCUAAUGGAUUCAUAUCAGACGCAGCCAUUUUGGCCAGAGUCAUUUAAACACUCAAUGCUUAUUUUCAAUUUGUAUAUUUGGCAUUAGGUUUUCCUGAUAAUGGAUUAUUGAAAGGGCACAGAAACACAUGAAAGAGUAUUUAUGUGAUUGACAGGCAAAAUGUGAAACAAGUGGACUGAAGCUAAGGGGGAAACCAUUUUAUAGAUGACAUGCAAGGAAAUUAUGAAAGUAAGAAAUAAAGAUUUAUGGAAAAGUCUUUAUUUCAACACAAAACAUUUACUUUAACAAAAUACAACACACAUUUUGAAUCACUGUAGGGGAUGGCAUCAAAUAAGAAUGACAUCCAAGACAUUUUUAAAAGGAAGACACAAAGGGCCAUUAUUCCCGCCAUGGAAAAGCACAAUAAAACCUUCAGCAUAUUAUUAACAUCAUGUAUUGUAUCUAUGCUAGCUCAUGAUUGUCUGUGGAAAAGCAAUAUCAAAUACAAACUCAAAAUAAAAAACACAAAUGCAGAUUGUGA